ACCCCCAACGGUCUAAACCAACGAUUGUUUCACAACUCGCCGCAGGCUCUCGUAGACGGUACUUUGUAGUAUUUACGCCUUUGUAGCCACCAGCCAUCAGUAAGUAAAGAGUAUAGAUAAAACUGUCGUGUUUGCUAGUUUGAGCGUAAAAAUAUACCAAAAUGAGCGAGCCGGCGUUUAGUGAAAUGGAGGUAGAAGAAAGCAACGUUGUUAGCGCGAUGGAUACAACCCCAGUCACAAGUAACGUGAAGAGCGUGAUGGCCUCGUCUGGGACUGUCGGCUCAGUGUCAAUCAGUUUGCAUCCCCUCGUCAUAAUGAAUGUUAGUGAACAUUGGACGAGACUCAGGGCACAGGAAGGCUCUGAUCAACUGGUUUACGGAGCACUGAUCGGUAAACAGAAGGGACGCAACAUAGAGAUAAUGAAUUCUUUCGAGCUCUUGUUUACAACUAUCGGUGACGAUGUUGUCAUUGAUCGAGAUUACUACAAUACGAAAGAAGAACAGUUCAAGCAGGUGUUUAGUGAAAUGGAUUUUCUCGGGUGGUACACAACAGGAGAUGCCCCAACAGACAGAGACAUCAGGGUACACAAACAGCUAUGCGAAAUUAACGAAUGUCCUGUGCUACUUAAGUUAGACCCGAGGUGUAAACAUACAGAACAAUUAUCUGUUGCAAUGUACGAGUCUGUGAUCGAUUUGGUAAAUGGCGAAGCCACCAUGCUAUUUGUGCCAUUAACAUAUACAUUAGCAACGGAAGAAGCCGAAAGAAUUGGAGUCGAUCAUGUAGCAAGAAUGUGCACUAACGAUCAGGCCGAAAGUUCAUUGGUGGCAGAACAUUUAACUGCACAACACAGUGCAAUUAAGAUGCUGAAUUCAAGGGUUAAACUUGUUUUGAGAUACGUUGAAGCCGUUCAAAGCGGGGAAUUGAAAGGGAACCACGAAGUAUUGCGAGCUGCAUGCUCACUGGGACAUCGAUUACCUGUUUUAAAUAGUGCAAACUUUCGAGCAGACUUUUAUAACCAAUGCAACGAUUUUGGUCUAGUGACGUAUCUUGGAAUAAUAACAAAAGGAUGCAACGAUAUAAAUCAAUUUACGAACAAAUUCAACAUUUUAUACGACCGACAAGGAAUGGGCCGUCGCUUGCGAUCUCUCUUCUUUUAACAAAUAAUUAAAUAACUCUUUUUUCUACUUCGAUUUAUAGUUUCAACUUAAACUCAUAAGCUAUUAACACUCAACCUCAGCAUUGCGAUACGCAACAGCCCAUAAAUCUUGUCAUUGCUUAGAGACCCCCUUUAAUAAUUCAACAUUUACAAUAUAUAAGUAAAUGCAAUAAUGAUGAGACACCAUGCGCAGAUCGUUCAUUCAUGAUAAACAACUGCAGUAACCCUGUACAGGAAAGAUGUAAUGUGAUAUAACUGUUAAAUAAAACUAUUCGAAUAUUUAUACUUA